AAACGUCAUUAUCGAAAAUGACGAGCAGAUCGGUUUUGGAAGUGGCAACAAAGUCCACGAGCGAAUUGAAAGCGACCGAUUACAAAAGCACAUCUGCCUUGUCCCAAUUGUCCCAAUUAUCCCAGGUAUCCCAAGUAUCGCAAAUUUUAGAAUCCUCCAGCGAAGCCAAACUCGUCCCGGCCAAGCGCAAGAAAAAGAAGAAGAAGAAGGACCCCUUCCUUAAACUCAACGGAGUCAAAAAGAUCCCUUUGACGGAAUUUACGCAAAAGUACAUAGGAUGCAUCGCCGGUCAGGACAUUACCGUGGAAGAUCCGUGGAUAUACGUCUCGAAGGCGCUCGUAUUGGAGAAUUUGGAAAAUUUCGAGACAAAUUCCGAGUUCUAUUCGCUCGAGGCCGAUAUAAAAAAAUACCCCGGCAACCAGAUCUACUUUGGUCUGGUAGCCGACGAUUCCAAAGACGACGACGACUUUUAUCUAUGCUUCCAAGAUGAAUCCAUUCCCAAAAUAAACGAAUUGGUGGCGAAUUUGAAAAAGGAGCGCAACGAGCGCAUGUACAAUUCCAUAUACAGAGCAGUAAGGCCUUGGAUUUCCAUGGGAUCAGAAGUGGAAGUGGACGAAGGUCGCAUCAAAAACAACCGACCUCUGAUCGAAGUCGAAGUCGAAGCAGGCUAUCCAUUGAACCCUCCAAAGAAAGACUUCGACAUGAGCCGAGCCGAAGACAGAAGAGACGGUUACAUGGAGCUCAGGGUUAACCCGGACGAUCGAAAACCGCUCGUUCAGAGGAAACGAGUGGACGUGAUCGUCCAGCAAGCAGCCCAAUUCGUCACCAAGUACGCCCAAACCACCUGCGCUUACCCCAUGAACGCCUCGACUCAAUACCUAUACGAGAUCGGCGACGUUGAGCCGCUACUGGCAGCCUGCCUGAAGCCUUUCAAAGCCUUUGUCAAGGAGAAUUUAGGUACCAUCGCCGACAUGCUAAAGGUCAACGCGAAGCUGAACCUCUACUCGGAGGAUUACUUCACUCUGAUCAAAGACAGCGCCAAGUUCAUCAGCGCCUCGGUGGUGGAAGACGUGAAGGAGUACAUGUCUUUCAUGGACGUGGAGCUGUGCACCGGGAAGAUGGUCUCCGACGUGGUGUUCCACCCGAUGUGGACCGGCAUCGCGGCGGUGGCGUACAACAUUGUGGCGCCGUUCAUUUACACGUCCGGUCCCAGCAGCGAGGAGAAGACGUCGAGCUCGAAUUUGGUGUUGAUUUGGAGUUGCGUGGACGGUUUGAAGCCGAAGUUGAUGCUGAAAGCGCCAAGGGAGGUGAUCAAAUUGUCCUUUUGCAAGUUCGACGAGAACGUGCUUUUAGGAGGAUUGAAGAACGGGCAAAUUAUCAUUUGGGAUAUUCGGAAUAAGUUACAACAAAUCGAAGAUGUGAAUAUAUUAUCGCACACUCAAAUCAAAAAUAGAGCCUACAUGAAAACCCUAAUGUCUUGGAUGAAGAUUAUUUAUGAUGUUUGUGUGGUUGAACCCACUGCUAUUUCAGAUAUGAAGUACUCCCAUAAAGGAGCUGUAAUAGGUAUCAAUUGGGUGUCGCCUUUCUACGAAUUUGAUAAGCUGGGUAAGGUGAGCAAAAUUGAAGAGGAUGCUGAGCAACCGUAUUCCAUGCAAUUCAUCACCGGUGGAGAGGACGGUAACGUGUUGAUUUGGGAUUUGAUGAAAGUACCUCAAACGAGCGAUGAAGGUUUCAAGCCGAGGAAAUUGAAGAGGUUGAAGCAAAAGCCUGCUUCUUUAGCUAAAGAAACUUCCCCCUAUUCGGUGCACAAUCUAACCCUCAAACCCCUGUACAAGAUAGUCGUGCCUUCGUCGAAGAAAAAACCACUAGCUGCAGUGAGUUGCAACGAGGAUUUUUGUCCCAUUUUGUAUGAAGAGGCGAAUCCUCACAAAACCAAAAAAUUACCGCCAUUGAACGAACGCGUCAUCUACAAACCAAUUUUGAACGGUGACCUUUACCCGGAAAUCAAACCCCAAAUCUACGUAGGCAGCAUGGAAGGCGACUUUAUAAAAUGCGUGUGGGAAGGCCAGGACUUCGAUUCAGGUGAAAUGAUCAACAACGAAUUCGGCAUAGUAAAGAGCAGAGCUCGAAUUCACGACGGGCCUCUCAUCACCAUGCAAAAGAACCCGGAAUUCGACAUCACCCUAUCCGUCGGCGGGAAAAUAUUCGCCCUUUGGAACGACCAAGUCCCCAACAAACCCUUGUUUUGGAAAAAGGCCAAGGAAAUGUACACCAGCGGGGAAUGGAACGUUUCCCAUCCUUACAUGUUCACCAACAAGCUCGUGAAUGGUGACGUCGAGGAAUGGUCGCUAGCUUUCAGCAGCAAAAUCCCCAAUUUCUCUUUAACCUUCUCCAGCGGUUACCUCACAGCUUCCGCUUUCCACACUUUGAAGCAGAAACGCACCAUUUACGCAGCAGCUGAUAAACUAGGCUGUUUGAGGCUCUUCCUCAUGCCCGAAGACCCGACCCCGGGCACGCUGCAGCUGAAGAAGGAGCGCUUCCAGCGGUUCAUCGAGCGCGAGGUGCGCCGGAAGAAGUACUUCUUCGAGUGGCAGACGAGCAUAAACAAGAAAAUAGCCGCGGCUGCGGGGGAAAUGGAAGAGGUUGUUGAGGACGCCGUGAGCAUUGCUCCCACUCAAAUCGAGGAGAUCCCCAAGCCCGAGGAGAAGCAGCCCAAGAUGGAGAGGAAGCCCAAGCAGGAAGAAGUAAGUUUGUCGGAAAAGAUAAUCAGAAGGAGGCAGAAGGAGGAGGAGGCGAUUAUACGGGAAACGUUGAUAGUGAAGAAACAAUUGGAUAUUAAAGAAUUGGAGAGGCGCAGGAAACCGUUGUUGAAGUUGGAAGAAGAAAACGAAAGGAAGAAGAGGAAGCAGAAGCAAAGAUUGAAAGAAGGGGAGAACAUAUUUUUGGACACGGUUUGCGCCCUGUUUCCGGACGUGAUGAAAGAGAAACCCCCGCCGCCCCCGAACCCCUACGAAUCCGUCUGGGUCACUCAAAUGGUGUGCGAGCAAAACUACGAAAAUUUUCUGGAAAUCAAGAAAAACGCCACCGUUUUCAUCGAAGACCACCCGUACAACUACGUGUUCAAUUUGAACCAGGUGCUGUUGAACGGGCAGAAGAAGAGGAACAUGGUGGUGGAUCCGCAUAACGUGAAGGCCAAGGCCAGGGAACUCAGGGCUCUGACUAGAUUCGGUGAUAAAACUGUGGAAAAGGAACUUCCGCCUGUUACGUUCAAUAUUGAUUUAACUGAGCUGGAGUUACAAACAAAAUCUAUUGAAACAAUUUCGAUCAAAUCGAAGGCCGACCUGAGCGUGUCGACUUUAAAGGAAGCCUAAAUUACACCUGAUGGUUGGUUAAAUUAAUCGUUGUUUUGAACAAAACGAAUGUAAAUAAUAGAUAGUAUUUAUUAAAGCUUUCCGACAUCUUGUACAACGUAAAAUAAAUUUCGAGUUAGUUGGGUAAGAUUCUUCUGUGGGAUGAUAAGGCUCGGAUCUUCGGCUGAGUUUUGGACUUGCUGUCGACGGAUUGGUAGGACGAGUAUUGGUUUUUGUAGCUGGAGUAGUUCGAAUCGGCUAUGCUCCUGCCGUCUCCUUCGUCCCUGCGAGACAUCUCCGAGAAGGGCGAGAUGCGUUUGGGGUCCUGAUCGUCCUUGGUGGUCUUCUGUUCGAUCCUAGCGAUUAGAA